ACUGAAUCCUGGCUUGCGUCCUUGCACCUGGUCAGUGGUCCCUCGCUGCAAGCACAAUAAUUACAUCUAGCAAAAGGUGGCUCCAUUUGAGGUUAGCAGUUGUUCUUUUUAUCUUUAUACAGUCACUGGGGGUUCAAAACUCACCGAUUCCGUGCCUACUGUUCUUCAUAACUUUGGAGGCACAGAACUACCACUGGAAGUACGAACGAAACCAACGACCGAGGGCAAAUAAAAGGAACUACACGAUGCACUCUACUUUUGUUCGCCUCGCAGAAUCUGCGACCGCGAAGCAUGUAGACCUGCGCCAGGCGAGCUUUGCGCUAUACCCGCCAAUUCCCCUAUACCGCAGAUUACUCAGAGCGCACAGGAGACUUCCAAUUGAAAUGCGUUCAUUGGGUGAUGACUAUGUCAAAGCUGAGUUUAGAAGGCAUAGAAAGAUUACCAAUCCAGUACAUAUCAUGGGGUUCCUGACACAGUGGAAGAUGUACUUGGAUGAGCUACCUCGAGAUCCUUCGGACUCGAGAAGUUUCAAAAAACUAGAUCCUACGGUAUACGAAAAGAUGUCUGCAGAACAACUUGGACAGUUGUAUGAGUUCAUGCACGCGACUAAAGAGAUAUGGAAACCAGUGAAUAGCGAACAGGCUCAGUCUGAGACCAAGAAAUAGCAUACCCAGUGACUGUCGUCUAUAACGCGUAUAUGCCGUUCCGCUUGGUUCCGUGAAGUCCUGGGCGUUCCGACACGGCCGAAUGUCAGACUGAGAAAUGUAAUCCUCAGUCCUUCGUUUACAUACACCCUUCCGCUUGGUUCCGUGGAGUCCUACACGUUCGCCAAGGCCAAAUUUGAAACCAAGGCCGGACACCUUCGAUCAUCCAUACCAUGUCCUUCGUGUACAUGCUCCACUCCGCUUAUUUCCGCGAAAUCUCAGCCGUUCCGCUUUUGACACGACUCGGAGGGCUGAGAAAUACGAAUAAAGUAACUGGGAAGUUUUGGUCUGAGGUCUCCGGACCAAUCCGGUCCAAGACGAGAAAAUUCAUCCCUUUGCAAUUAUACUGCCUCGUGCUUUCGUGAGUUCGCCA